AAAAGUGAAAAGACAUGAUGAUUUUAAAGAUUGGAACCAAAGCCAUCUCUCUUGCCUUUCCAACAAUGAACCAAAGCAUCCAGUCUCCCCAGUGAAAAUGGAGAGGCACAUCGAAAUCUUCCUCAGGAGGCUCUCCGUUGUCUCAAUCACCAUAGCAACCCUCACCCUCCUCCUUCUCUUCCUCCAAACCCCACAAACCUGCGUACCCCAAGGCUCUCCUCCCAAACCCCACCUCAAAUUCCCAAAGUCCUCCUGCGACUCUUCGCCACGCGAGCUCCUCCCCAUCGACAAGAAGAACCGUCGCCUUUGGUCCUCCAAGGCAUGGAAAUCCCAAGUAUCUUCCUUCUCCCGCUUCUUCUCCUCGAUCCGCCAUCUGGGUCUUCUCCACAACCACUCCAAAGUCCUCUGCGUCUCCGCCGGGGCCGGCCACGAGGUCAUGGCAUUGUCCCAGCUCGGUGUUUCGGAUGUCACGGGCGUUGAGUUGGUCGACUCGCCGCCUCUGGUCAGCCGGGCCGAUCCGCAUGAGUUGCCGUUCUUCGAUGGCGCGUUUGAUCUGGUGUACUCCGGCCAUUUGGAGAAGGCUCUGUUUCCGGCGAGGUUUGUUUCCGAGAUGGAGCGGACGGUGAGGGAUAAUGGGGUGUGCGUGGUAGCUGUGGAGGAGUGUGGGGAUAAGGAGAUGAUGGAGAUUGUGGGUUUGUUUAGGCGUUCGAGGUUUGUUGGCGCCGCGAAUUUUAGUUUGAUUGGAUUGAGAAUGACAAGGAUUGUGAUGAGAACUAGGACGUCUAAUUGAUUCGUUGAUUCAUACAUACUUGAUUUGGUUGGCUUUCUCCAUGUUGAUUUUGAUUUGUUACUGCUGUUGUUUGAUAAUGUUAGCAUUAAUGUGAAAAUGAAUUUUGACGAUCCAUGAAAAUGGAAGGAGAUUUGGUGAGAAAGUGAAAGUUUAUUGCUUAAUGAAUGUGAAUAUGGAUAGAAUUGUUGUAAGAAAUAUGAGAUUCAAUGAAUGAAGUCCUUUAUUUAUGUUUUA